AUGGGGUUCAUUCCCUCCAUGAUUCCAAAUCGGGCACUAUUUACUGUUGCACCCUCUCGUCGCGCGCCCCCCCAAAAACAGAACGGGAACCCCUCCUGGUCCCUGCACGAUACACCACCGCGCCUUAGCACGGAACCACCCAGAAGCCAAAAGAAAGAAACUCUGGGCCCUUGCGAGCCGGGCACGCUUCCGUUCCCGGACGGUCAUCACCACAUCUGUCUGUCUGUCUGUCGUCCCAUCUCGCGCGAGGGGGGAAGGGAGGGAGCCCGCGAAAACACUCCCCCAACGUUAGGACGUGCGUGCGGCGGCGGCGGUCGUGGUCGUGGGAGGAUGGCAACUGCUGUGCGACCGAUUGAGCGGCAGGGCUGGUUGGCUGCCCGCUUCUACUUUACUUACCGAUUCUACAGCUACAUGCCCUACAUGGACUUUUUUUUUUGA